GUCAUGACCACCAUAAUUCUGGAAGUAGAUAAUCGUACAGUGACAACACAUUUCAUUCUUCUGGGGUUUCCAACACGACCAGCCUUCCAGCUUCUUCUUUUCUCCGUUUUCCUGGCAACCUACUUGCUGACACUGCUGGAGAAUCUUCUUAUCAUCUUAGCUAUCCACAGUGAUGGGCAGCUACAUAAGCCCAUGUACUUCUUCCUGAGCCACCUCUCCUUCCUGGAGAUGUGGUAUGUCACAGUCAUCAGCCCCAAGAUGCUUGUUGACUUCCUCAGUCACGACAAGAGUAUUUCCUUCAAUGGUUGCAUGACUCAACUUUACUUUUUUGUGACCUUUGUCUGCACUGAGUACACCCUUCUUGCUGUCAUGGCCUUUGACCGCUAUGUAGCCAUUUGUAAUCCACUACGCUACCCAGUCAUCAUGAUCAACCAGCUCUGUGGCACACUGGCUGGAGGAUGCUGGUUCUGUGGACUCAUGACUGCCAUGAUUAAGAUGGUUUUUAUAGCGCAACUUCACUACUGUGGCACGCCUCAGAUCAAUCACUACUUUUGUGAUAUCUCUCCACUCCUUAACGUCUCCUGUGAGGACUCCUCACAGGCUGAGCUGGUGGACUUCUUCUUGGCCCUCAUGGUCAUUGCUAUUCCUCUUUGUGUUGUGGUGGCAUCCUAUGCUGCUAUCCUUGCCACCAUCCUCAGGAUCCCUUCUGCUCAGGGCCGCCAAAAGGCAUUCUCCACCUGUGCCUCCCAUCUGACCAUUGUAAUUCUCUUCUAUUCCACAACCCUUUUCACCUAUGCCCGUCCCAAACUCAUGUAUGCCUACAAUUCCAACAAAGUGGUAUCUGUUCUCUACACUGUCAUCAUUCCACUCCUCAACCCCAUCAUUUACUGUCUGAGGAAUCGUGACGUAAAGGCAGCCCUCAGAAAGAUCAUACAUUGCAGAGGAAGUGGGCCCCAGAGAAAUGGGGUUUUCAGUAGUUAAAAAAUGUUUAGAUUCUUUUUAGGCUUAAACUGAGAGAUGAUCACAACACACUUUUCCCCUCAGUCUUGUCUGUGGUUAUCCCCCAAUCUCCAGUACUGUAACACUGCUCUCCUCUGUGUGUGUGUGUGUGUGUGCGUGUGU